ACUCCACUCUCUUCUCUCGCGUCGCUCAUCCUCGCCGAACUACCGCCUCUCUGUCUGGGAGAACCCACCGCCUCGCAGAUCUCCGUGGUUCGCUUGGUUGCGGCAAGCCGGUGCGCCCAUCCUCUCCGGCGUCGGCGCCGCCGUCUCUCUACCGCGAUCGGAUUCGGCGUCGGCUGCUGCUCCAGAAGCAGAAGGCCGCACUGCUGAAGCUGUACAAGAAGAAGAAGCUGCUGCUCCCCCUCGACAUCCUGCCCUAAGAAGACCCGUGCCAUCCUCUGCCGACUUACCAAGCGCCAGACUUUGACGGAAAAGGUCCUUCUCAAUUAAAGAGAAGGUGGCUGAGGCUGAAGAAAAUCUGGAUGUGCUUGACUUUUAGGUCUUGCUGCUUGUGAUAGGUGUCUGACAUAGACUAUUCAAAAUUCAGCACCAGGGAUCAGGGAGCGACCUACCCCAGGGUGGGGAGUUCGUUCCUUUUCCGGUAGCAAGGAGGGUCAACUCUUAUUCCAUCAUGAUGGAAGAAGACAUGGAAAACGGAAGGUCGUAUCUGGAAAGACCAAGAAAGUUUUCUACAGUACGAAGUAAAAAGUCAUCUAUACCGUUGGUCUUCCGCAGGUUGAUGAGGAUAAAUCCCCGUGCUUUGAUUAUUCUUUUUCUUUUGGUCUUCAGUGGUGUUCUCUAUGUGGGCGCCAGUACAUCGCCAAUUGUGGUCUUCGUGUUCUGUAUAUGUACUCUCAGUUUAUUCUUCUCUUUCUACCUUGCAAAGUGGGUUCUUGCUAAGGAUGAAGGACCUCCAGAAAUGUCUGAGAUAUCUGAUGCCAUAAGAGAUGGUGCUGAAGGGUUUUUUAGGACACAAUAUGGAACUAUUUCUAAAAUGGCUUUUAUUCUGGCCUUUAUCAUCCUUGGCAUUUAUCUCUUUCGCACUACCACCCCACAGCAGGAGGCAUCUGGCUUAGGAAGGGCAACAUCUGCAUAUAUUACAGUUGCUUCUUUUCUCCUUGGAGCUUUAUGUUCUGGAAUAGCUGGUUUUGUUGGGAUGUGGGUCUCUGUACGUGCAAAUGUUAGAGUGUCAAGUGCGGCUCGGCGCUCUGCAAGGGAAGCAUUGCAGGUUUCGUUUUUUAUCCUUGAUUUACUUUCAUUUAUUUCUCCUUCUACGAUAGAGUUUCAAGUCAUGACUAAUUCCUCAAAACAGAUUGCUGUCCGUGCUGGUGGUUUCUCAGCCAUUGUGGUUGUUUGCAUGGCUGUAUUUGGUGUGGCAAUACUCUACGCAACAUUUUAUGUUUGGCUUGGAGUAGAUUCACCUGGUUCAAUGAUGGUUACCGACUUGCCUCUUCUCCUUGUGGGAUAUGGUUUCGGUGCCUCCUUUGUUGCCCUUUUUGCCCAGUUGGGUGGUGGAAUAUACACUAAAGCUGCUGAUGUUGGAGCUGAUCUGGUUGGAAAAGUUGAGCAGGGAAUACCAGAAGAUGACCCUCGUAAUCCUGCUGUCAUUGCUGACUUGGUUGGCGAUAAUGUUGGAGAUUGUGCUGCCAGAGGCGCUGAUCUUUUUGAGAGCAUAGCAGCAGAAAUUAUCAGUGCAAUGAUACUUGGAGGAACAAUGGCACAACGCUGCAAAAUUGAGGAUCCAUCUGGCUUUAUCCUGUUUCCUCUGGUUGUCCAUUCUUUUGAUCUAGUGGUGUCAUCAGUUGGAAUACUCUCAAUCCGAGGAACACGUGACUCUGGAUUGAUUUCCCCUAUUGAAGAUCCUAUGGCAAUUAUGCAGAAAGGCUAUUCUGUCACUAUUAUGCUUGCUAUUCUUACAUUUGGAGUGUCUACUCGUUGGCUUCUGUACACUGAACAAGCACCUUCUGCGUGGCUGAAUUUUGCAUUGUGCGGCUUGGUGGGGAUCAUAACAGCAUAUGCCUUUGUUUGGAUUUCCAAGUACUACACAGAUUAUAAACAUGAGCCAGUCUGCCUUCUAGCUCUUUCAAGUUCAACAGGACACGGAACUAAUAUUAUUGCUGGAGUAAGUUUGGGAAUGGAAUCAACAGCCCUACCAGUUCUUGUGAUAAGUGUAGCCAUUAUAUCAGCGUUUUGGCUGGGGCAGACCUCUGGCUUGGUAGAUGAAUCUGGCAACCCAACUGGUGGUCUUUUUGGGACAGCUGUAGCUACAAUGGGGAUGCUUAGCACAGCAGGGUAUGUUCUCACUAUGGACAUGUUUGGUCCUAUAGCUGACAAUGCUGGUGGUAUUGUGGAGAUGAGUCAGCAGCCUGAAAGUGUCAGGGAAAUCACAGAUGUUCUCGAUGCCGUGGGCAAUACAACAAAAGCUACUACAAAGGGAUUUGCCAUAGGGUCAGCAGCACUGGCUUCCUUCCUCCUGUUCAGUGCAUAUAUGGAUGAAGUAUCUGCUUUUGCUCAAUUGCCAUUCAAAGAGGUUGACAUAGCAGUCCCAGAGAUUUUUGUUGGUGGUUUGCUAGGUUCGAUGCUUAUAUUUCUGUUUAGUGCAUGGGCUUGUUCAGCAGUUGGCAAAACUGCACAGGAAGUUGUUAAUGAGGUCAGGAGACAAUUUAUCGAGAGACCUGGUAUUAUGGACUACAAAGAGAAGCCUGAUUAUGGACGUUGUGUUGCAAUUGUGGCAUCUGCAUCCUUGAGAGAAAUGAUAAGACCUGGGGCUUUAGCAAUUAUAUCACCCAUGGCCGUUGGCGUUAUCUUUCGGAUUUUGGGUCACUCCACUGGCCAGCCUCUUCUUGGAGCUAAAGUUGUAGCAUCAAUGCUUAUGUUUGCGACAGUUGCUGGUAUUCUCAUGGCACUCUUCUUGAACACUGCUGGAGGUGCCUGGGAUAAUGCUAAGAAGUACAUUGAAACUGGUGUUCUUGGUGGCAAAGGCAGCGAGGCUCACAAGGCUGCGGUUACUGGCGAUACGGUUGGAGACCCAUUCAAAGACACGGCGGGCCCUUCGCUCCAUGUUCUUAUUAAGAUGCUCGCGACAAUCACAUUGGUUAUGGCUCCAAUAUUCUUGUGAUCAACCAACCAACACAUCAAGCUUGAGAUUAACCCUGCGGAGAAGUAUCUAUGGGUCUUGUAGAUGAGGUAUUAUUUACUUGACUGGGAUGUAAUGGAUCAUUCGGUACUAAUAUUGCUACAACAUGUAUGGAAAGAAAGAAUCAGUACCCCCUCCCCCAAAUCUCAUGGUUGAUAUUGUACGGAUGAUGCAAACGUUGGAGAAUAUAUUGUAACAGAUUCCUGGACUA